AUGGAAAACGUGAACGCUCUGCUGCCUCUUCUGACCGAUGGCUAUGAUGAUAAAACAAUCUUUUUGUUGAAAGUUAUUCACAAGUAUCUCAAAGAUGAUUUACUUAGAUGUUUAUUACCAGAGGAUGAAAAUGGGUUUCUGUCAAAAUGCUUGGAUAUUAUGAAACCAGGGAUGUGUUUGGUGUGCAGAUUAUUUUGGCGACAAAGAGGCUGGUAUAGAAGAAAUGACCUCAAGAAGAUUUUUGAUAAUACAUGUGCAAUAGAUGAUCCACAUUUAGAAAUUAUUAUACAUUCAUUAAUACAAAUUGGCUGCCUUGAGUCCUCUGAGAGUAGUGAUAGCACCAAAAUUAUCAUGGACUUUGAUGAUUAUGUUCAAGUAUUGAAACUUGACGAACUGAAGGCAAUUUGCAAGGAGUUGAAAUUGAAAGGACAGAAUAAAGCACAACUUAUUAAGUCUUUGAAAAGCUUUAGUUCCCAGCAAUUUAAUAUAAGUAACUAUUUUAUUGGUCUGAACAGUAACAAUGCAAGUAGAGUAAUGAAAAGGCUGCGGGUGAAGACUGGGUCCUGCUAUAGACUAACGGAGAGAGCUCAUCGCACAUUAACAAAGCUGUUGUAUCUUAUGUACUUAGGUAUGGAUUAUGCAAUGAUCAGAGAAAAGAAGUUAGAACUAUUGCUUCUCAAUGAUAAAGUUAAAAAAGAAACAUAUCCUAUUGGUGAUGACAUGCCUAUAGACAAUGCUGGUGUUGUAUUCAGUAAUAAAGAUGAAUUCGAAAGCUAUUUUAAUGCAUGUCUAUUGCUUGAGAGGUGGGAAGAAGCACAGAAUUUGACUGACAAAGUCGAAAUAAUCGGAAAAGUGUAUGACACGUAUCGGAAAAUUGGUGAGGAUAAAAUGAUACGCUACAAAUCGCUGCCGCCGUGGCUGCGCAGGUUCACGCCGGCGUACUUGUUCGUUCGCGUAUUGGAAGGCGGCGUCCAGGAGUUGAAGAGGACCAAGGAGGCGGGCAACGUCUCGCUGGCGGCGGAGAUCGUCGCCGAGCUGCUCUCCCAGCGCGCCUUCAGGCAGCACAAGCGGCCCGACUGGUACGCCGAGAGGGCGCUGCUGUUGCACAACCACUUGGGCUGCCACGACGCGGCGGCGGAGGUGCUGCUGGAGGGUCUCAGGUCGGACCUGACCGAGGAAGCGAAGCAGGCGAUGCAGCCGCGCGCGCUCAAGCUGGCCACAAUGAGGUCGAACCGCAUAAGCCAGCUCCUGAGGGGGGAGUUGGCUGUGCUCGCCACCGGCAACGCCCUCCGCGAGGUGGAUUUCGACGCGCACCACAUACACCAGAAGCCGAUGGAACGAUUCAACAAUAGGGGGAAGAUCAAAUUUGAGACGCGAUCAGUAACAGGCGAGCGCAUUUUCCUGGAGGCGGAGCAGUUCUGCAUCAGGCAUUACAUUAGCAGGGGAGACUUUACCCACGGCGAACAUUGGGAAGGCAGGCUGGUAACGACAAUCUUCUUCCUACUUUUCUGGGACAUAAUCUAUAUGAGGCUGCCCGGUGUGCGGGGAAUAUUCCUCACCAAGUUCUCCAUGUACCCGCAAGACAUGUUCACCGACAGCUUUUACGUGAACAGGAAGACGUUGAUUGACGAGAGACUGGCGACCAUAGAGAAUAUGGAAGAGGACGAGCUCGUGAAGACCAUGAAGGAGACAUGGGACAGCCGGCCGGAAUCCGAACGUUCGGGCAUAGAGCGCGCCCUCGGCUGGGAGAGAGUGGAUGCGGUCGGCCGUUGCCUCGGCGGGAGGGGAGUGGCCUCUCUGUGCCGCCGGCUGGCGCUCAAUUUCCGCUACGCCAACUCGGGAUUCCCCGACCUCACGCUGUGGAACUCGACCACCAAGCAGAUAAUGUUCGUAGAGGUGAAGACCGAUUCGGACACGCCGUCGGUGAAGCAGCUACAGUGGCUACGCUACCUACGCGAGUGCGGUCUACGCGUCCAGCUCUGCUACGUGGGCGCCGACACUACGCGGCAACGCGCGCGUGGGCCCCACUGCGAACUCGACGAAGAG